AUGGCACAGGCGUGUGUGGGUGCCUCGAGUGUCCUGACUGUCAACGGUGGUGGCCCUGACAAAACGACGGCUAGAGCGGCGACCACUUACCUGGGCUUUGCCUCCGCCAGCAGACCAGUCUGUGGGUCCCACGGUGCACCUUCCACGAACAGACUGUGCACGAAAGUACCGUCCCCUGGGGCUCCUGUCAGCUUUUCACGAGUCUUACCCGUCACAUUCACAUUCAGUGCCACUGGGUGCAGUUACCACUCGUUCUAUCUCCACAUUUGCUGCAUAAUUGCAGUGAGGAAGGAUUGUGAAAUAGGCAGUCUUCCAACCAAAUCGCACUCGGUAGGGAUGGGCAAUCAGUUACCCAAAUCUCCAAAUCCCUCGCUCUAG